GCGACGACGCGCGGGCCAUGGAGGAGGCUCAUCGGCGACGCUGGGUAGACAUCUGGCGCCAUGCCAGCACCCUCGAGCAGUACCAGCGCGAGAUGCGCUCCACGCAGCGGAGCUCUGGCGCCGGGCGCCCGGCGACGCUAGGCCGGCGCAUCUGGGCGGCCUGCAAGUUCUUGCCCCACUCGCCCAUCACGUGGAUCUUCCUCAUGACGCUUGGCUGCCUCUCGGCGCUUAUCGGAGCGCUCUUGGAUGCGUGGAUUGUGGCCAUUCUUUCGUACCGGUCGUGGCUGCUCGCGUCGCUCGGCGAGGACUCGAUCGCUGCCUGCAUGCUGUGGCUGGGAUGGACCGUCGUUCUUGGGCUCCUCGCGAGUCUCUGCGGCGUCAUCUUUUCGAAUUACGCGGACGGCUCGGGCAUUCCGCAGAUGAAGGCGCUGCUUUCGGGCCAGCUUGCGUCCACUCACGUGCUCUCAUAUCGCACGCUUCUCGGUCGAUCGCUCAGUACUGUCCUCUCGAACGCGUCGGGGCUCUCGGUCGGGAAGGAAGGGCCGUUCAUCCACCUCGUCUCGAUUGUCGCGCACAAGCUCAGCAGCCUCGGCAUCUUCCGGCGAGGUCCCGAAGACAACAUCACAUUUAUCCGCGCAGGCGUCGCCUGCGGCGUCACGGCCGUCUUUGGCUCCCCCCUCGGCGGCGUGCUGUUCAGCAUCGAAGUCACGUCGCAGUUUUACGCCAUCAAGAACCUCUGGCAGAGUGUAAUUAGCUCGUCGUUUUGUGUGCUCACGUUCCAGAUCGUCUCGGCGCUGCAGAACGAUGUGCUCUUCACCAACACGACGUUUGCCGACUUCAAGCUCGGGCCAGAGCUGCUCGCGUUCUUGCUCCUCGGCGGUCUCUGCGGGGGCCUCUCGGCGGCCUUUGUGCAAAGCGUCGUCUAUAUUCAAAAGCUGCAGGCGCGCUACCUCUGUCCGCGUCUCCCAAAGAGCUCGCGCCACUACCGCUUUGCAGUCGUUGCGAUCGCGGGCGCGCUCACGGCGCUUGGUGCGUACCCGUUCCUGCGCCUGCUCCGCGCCUCGGACCGUGCGAUCAUCAACACAUCGUUUCGCGACAGCCCGAUCCACGACACGGCGCUGCACUCGAUCUCGCACGCCGCCGCCUUCGUCCUGCUCAAGUUUGGCAUGACACUAUUGCCGUGCGGCCUCCCGCUCUCGUGCGGCAUCUUUACGCCGCUCUUCGCCCUCGGUGCCGUCGUCGGUCGGCUGUAUGGCGAAGUCGUCUUGUGGAUCGUCGGCGACGGCGUCUCGCCCGCCACGUACGCCGUCGUCGGCGCAGCGUGCCUCGCGUCCGCGGCGACGCACUCGAUUUCGACGGCCGUCAUCGUCUUUGAACUCACGGUAGGACAACUGAGCCACAUACUGCCCGUCAUGCUCUCGGUGCUCGUCGCGUACUCGGUCGGCGGCAUGUUUACGCCGUCGAUCUACGACGUCUUUGCCAAGCUCGCGGGCCUCGACUUCAUCUGCGACGACAUCUCCGAGACCGUCUUGGCCAACAAAGUGGCCCACGAAGUGUUGCAGCCGCACUGCGGCGUCCUCACGCUGCACUCGACGUAUGCCGACGCCGCUAACCUUCUCCUCACGCAUCCGACGCACCAGCAGUUUGCACUCUGCGAUUCCUCCGAGUCGCGCACCCUUCUCGGCGGCGUGCGCCGAUCGGACCUCGUGCUCGCACUCGCCCGACUCCGUGACCGGCUGCACGACCACGUUGAUGACAACGACACGGUCGACGACUCGCAGCAGACGCUGCGUGCGUCGCUCGUCAAACCGGACCUUGACACGGACGAAGCCACUCUGUUGCACUCGCUCGAGAGCCAAGGCCAUCUCGAGUCGACACUGCUGGCGUACGGCCCGCCGUUCCACGCGCUUUCGUACGCGGCGCUGCCUGUCGACACGUACCCGCCCCAAGUCGGGUACAUGGUGCCCCUCAGCAAGGUGUACGUGCUCUCGUGCCUCUACAUGUGGCCGCAGAUCUUUGUCGUCAAAGAAGGCAAGCUCCAAGGCGUCCUCUUCAUGGACUCGACGCUGACACACUACUAACACAGUCGCACGUCGUCGUCGUCGUAUAAAUCGG